AUGACUUUGCCGCUGAACACUGAUGUUAUUGUUACUUUGUCAAACGCCUUUUCAUCUCCAAGCCAGUUUUGGGUUGUGACUGUGGACAAUCUUCAAAAGUGUGAAAGUUUAAAGCUUAAGUUAAACAAGCAUUACAACAAUCCAGCAAAUUUAAAACAAUGGGCAGAAAAAAUAUCUCUUGGUGAUGUUUGUGCUCUGAAGUCUCCACUGAACUUGUGGUGCAGAGGACAGGUGGAGGAUGUUUAUUGUCUUCCUGAAGAUGGUGGUGAUCAAUUGGUGGACAUAAGAGAUGUCGAUGAUGGAGAACUUUUCCAGGGGUUAUCUCCCAACAAAUCUUGCUUUGUGCUCGAAUCUUCAUUUGCAAAACUUGAAUUUCUGGCAGUUCGAUGUAGAUUGAACAGAGUGAUGUGCAAGACUGACGACUUGGUGUGGUCUCAGCGUGCAAUUGAUAUUUUCAAAUCAUUGGUAUCCCCACCAAAACAACUCCAUCUUCGAGUUGUCGGGUUCCUUUCAGAUGUUCACAUUGUUCAUCUUUCCACUGAAGAUAACAUCGAUGUUGCUAAUGCGUUGAUAAAAUCAAAUGUUGUCUUGGACAUGCAGAGGAGUCAGAAGAAUUUUCCGGAAGAUCUGUUACAGAUUAUUAUGAAAGUGGAUGCAUUAAGAUUUGAAGUUGCAAAAGAGUUGUGCAUUCCUCAUGCAUACCACUCCUACCCCAACAAACUCAGCAGCAUGUCAGAAGGUAGUUUGGUGGUGCUCAACAUCAAACAGAUCCUCACCCCCAACCAAAUGUUGGCCAGCGUGCUCUCCAAUGAUUCUGCCAGGCUUGAAAAACUUGAGAUGGAGAUGGAGGAACAUUACAAGAAGUAUCCAUCUGAAGAAUUGCAGUCUGAUGGAUGCCUUCUGUACGCCUUCAAAUGUCCAUCGCUUGGUACCUGGCAGAGAGUCAUUCUGCUGGACGUGGAUGGAGCUAAUGGGACUAUCAUCUCAGUUGAUCAUGCUUACAUGAGGUCGGUCGAGAUCAAUCAACUGAAGACGCUCAACAAAAAGUUCACAAAAUUUCCGUUCCAGUCAGUUUGUUGCUCUCUUGAUGUCGACGUGCAGCACUUCACGUUGCAGGACGUUCAUUACCUCAGGUACGUAACAGCUAAUUCAAACUGCAGGGCACAGGUUCUUGGUAUUAAGGAGCACAAAAUGAUUAUAGAUUUUAGUUUGUCUUCUGGAGAUAGUGCAAAAGCGACUAUGUUGAAUUUUAUUAAGUCUUCAAGAAGUAUUUUUGAUUCAACAAAGCAGUCAUCUGUUAAUAAAGCUUCUGUUAAGAAUGCACCAGCACUUGCAACUGAUCAUGACCAUCCAGAGGACAGCAACGAACCAGCUCACACACUGACCUACAGAAAAAGUAACACAUCAAUUGAACCAGGCUGUCAACUCUAUGUAACGCACAUCAAUUCCAUCUCUGAUUUCUAUGCUGUUAAUUUGCAUGAGGAUUAUCAACAAACACUCAUGCUUAUGCUGAGAGAACUAAAAACUUCCUGCUCCAAACUUGGUAGGUCAGGGGUUGAUGCAACCAUGCUGUCGACUGGUAAGCCUGUAGCUGCUCUCUUUGACAGCAUUUGGAACAGGGCCUCUGUGUUGGAGGGGCAGAGUGUAGCAGAUGGGUUUGCCACGUUAUUCUUUGUUGAUUUGGGUAAAAUUGAGAAGGUGAAACUGUCCCAUGUACGGAUUCUUCCAGAGUCAUUCAUCAUUGACUACCCUGUACAAUGCCUCAGGUGCUCAUUGGCACUGUCCAAAAAUUUAGAGAGGAAUCCUUCUAUGAAGCAUGAAUCACUGUUCAAAGAGUCAUGUGAGGAUGGCGUCUUCACUGUUAAAUCUUCAAAACUUGUUGAUGAUGUUUGGUUUGUAGAUCUAUUGGAUGAGGAGAAUGAAAACAGAUCUGUCGUGCAGUGGUUGACAUCGGCGUCAUCAACCAUCUCACCAUCUCAAACUGUUUGUAUGGUAAAUGGAACAUCACCUGAAAAGACGAAUUCAGAUGAUCAACUACCUCAAAAUAAUUGUAAAACUAUCAUAAACUCAUUUCUUGAAUUGAAACCACCAAGAUCACCAUCACCAAACAAUUUAAUUGAUUCAAAAUUAUUUUCUCCACCAUCAAAUUCCUCAAUCAUUAAAUCCUCACCGAAUAUUUCUUCCAAAUCAAAGCAACCAUCUCCCACUCCAUCCAACUUUUCAAACGUUCCAAUUGUCAACCAACCUCACCCAUCUAAUUCAGCUUCUGAGUCAAGUAAAAUUGCAUCAAAACUUCAAGAACCUCUCCAUAAGAAUGAUUAUGUUCAAGUGGUUCACACAAAUGAUAUUUUCCAGUUUUUUGUUCAAAAGUGUGAUGACGAGUCCAUUAAUAUAAUAAACCAAACAGUGGAAUCAUUGAAUGGACAGGAGCUGAAAGCCGUUAGUAAGGUGAAGGUCGAUGAUCUUGUUGUGGCCCCAUUCGAUGGCAUUCUAUUCAGGGCGGUCGUAAAAAAAAUUUUGCUCAAGGACGAUGUCGAGUUGCAUUUUGUAGAUUAUGGAAACGAUUGCGUUGAGAGCUUGUCGUCAUUACGUCAACUACCCGCUGACAUGGAUUCCCUGCCUCAUCUUGCAUACGAGUGUGCGCUGAAGUUGUCCAGUUGUUCUUCUGUAGACCCUGCAUCCCACACUGCCUGGUUCGUUGAGUGCUGCGAAAAUAAGUGCUUCAGAGUAGAUGACUGCUCGUUUGAUGAUUCAAGAAACACAUUUGUUGUUGACAUUGUGGAUGUUCAAACGGAGCAGAACAUAUCGUCACUGCUUGAUGCUCGUCUCACCCAUUUGAACAGUAAGAAGAUUGAUGCUGUCUGCAAUACUGGCGAGGACAUUCGUGUGGAGAAGGAAGAAUCAAAGAAAGAAUUGCUGGCAGAUUCUUUCUCGCUUGAGGAUUCUGAGGAAGUUAUAACCACUGAAUCAAAUCCACUUGAUGAUCACGGUGACAAAACGUCUGUCGAAAACUUAAGCAUGGAACUGCCGAUAAAAAUAAAUGACAACGUCGCGAUAACGCACAUCAGCAGUCUCAACAAAUUUUACAUCAACCUCGUUGAAUCAGUUCUCAACAAGUUAGUUGAAUUGACGGAUGAGUUAUGCGAUGAGUGCAUGAAAUCGCCGAAGAAGUACAAACCAAAAGUUAAUGGUGAGAUGGUUGCCGUCCGAUUUGACAACCUGUGGAAUCGAGCGAGGGUUGUUGAAAUAUUGCCAGAUGAUCAGUUCAGAGUGAAGCUGAUCGACAAUGGCAACCAGGAGUUGGUCACACCAAAACACAUCAGAUGCAUAUCCGAGCAGAUGAAGACCUAUCCACUUAAUCCAGUCAUAAGGUGUUCGUUGAUGGCAAGCAAGCAGUUGGUAGGAGAUGGUGGUGUUGGUUCUAUCUGGACUGAUGAAGGUAGCAAGUGGUUCAAGGAAAAUUGUGAAUGGAAGUCCUACAGCGUUGCAGAUAUUUGCAUGAGGCCGAGCUAUUCCAUCGAAGAUAGUUGUGUGUGUGAGAUCAGUUUGAAGAUGGAUGACCACCAACUGCUGGCAGACUUCCUGGCUACUAGCGGCUACUCAAAGGUCAAAAUAGAUGCUAACAACGACAAAAAUUCAAAGGUAGAAGAAAAUGUUAAUGUUAAAAAAGUUACAAAGACGGUUGAAACGUCACCUGACAGCAUUCAGACUGACAAUGAAACACCAACAAAAACAUAUAACGGGAAUGAUGAGCAAAUUAAUGAUGUUGAUGAUGAAGAAGUUGACGAAUCCAAUGAUAACGAACAUAUAUGUGACACAACUAAUGAUAGAGUGUACUUCAAAGAUCUCGGUGUAUUGCAUAUUGUACUGAAUGAGGACCUGGAUUGUGAGACAACCAUACCUACUGAUCCUGGUGCUUUCUGGUGUCAGCAUCUUGACGCAUUUAUGCAGAUGCAGGAGAUUCUCGACCCGCCACAGACACAACUUCCGUUUCCUGCUUAUGUUCCACGAGAGGAUGAGAUUUGUUAUGGAUACUAUGAAAGUUAUGGGGACUGGUACAGGGUGAGGGCGGUGCGCAGCAAUGAAGCAACAGCAGACGUCCUCCUCAUUGAUUACGGAGAUUAUGCCAGCAUCCUAUUCACCCACCUUAUGCCGCUGCCUCUCAGUUUGAAAGCAUUCCCUCCUCUGGCUUUUCUAUGCACGCUCCAUGGAAUCAAGCCAGCUGGAAAAAAAGUUGAGUGGCCCGUUGAAGCGGUGGAAACCUUCCAACGUCUUUCCGCAGGACAGCUGAUGAAAGUGAAAUGCGUUCAAGUUGAGGAUGAUGUGCAUGAAGUUGUCCUGGUCAAUGCAGACGACAUCGAUAUUGGCGCACACCUCGUUUCUUUAGGCCUCGCAGCCGAGUUAUAA